AUGUCCGUCCUCCGCCAUGGAGGAGGAGGCGGUUUCCUCCAGCGGCGCCUCACCAAGCUGUACACCGAUACCAAGACCUCCUGCGAGAGCGUCACCACUGCCUCCAAAGCCCUCGACGACCCAGAGCUCGUGGCCUUACACCAGAGUUUCCAGAAACAAAGAGACCGACUGCUGGCCUGGGGCCUGGACUGGAGCGACGCCAGCGCCGCCCAACCGAAUGACAUCGACGAGUCGCUGACAGCUGCGGGCUUCAGCGAUGUUGUGGAGAGCGUCAUGUCUUCUAUCCAGGAUCUGCUCAAUGAGGCAGAACGAGUGCAACACAUCGAAACAGCGCCGGCUAUCUUGCCCUCGAAGGAACGCAAGGUCGACUCCAAAGAUGCUCUCAGCAGCCUGCCCCUCAAAACCCAGUGGACCGAUGACGAUAUCAGCCGCUCGAAGACGAUCCUGAACGACCUGACGGGCUGCAUUGAUACCCUCUAUGACCUUUCUCGCUCACGCCGCACAAUGGCCUCGAGUAUGUCCUCAAGUCGCGUGAGCGCUGCCGCGCGUCGGACGCGGAACCCGGCCUCGCCUUACGCUUCUUCGCACGGCUCGUUCUCUGAAUUAAAGGAGAAACCCGCACAGACGCUCGAUCCGUACACAUAUCCCCCUACAUCAGCCCCUCUGCGCGAUGCCACCAACCCGUUCGUGCCGUUUAAGGAUCUCGUCAUUGAUCAAUCUGCAUUACAACUCUUCGGUGCCACGCAGGACCCCAGUCCCCCGCCAUAUGAGGCCGUUGCCGCAUCAUCGAAUUCGCGUGCCAUUGGUCGCCUGAAGGCUUCGGCAGUGCCGUCUCUUCAAUUCAGCAAAGAAUCGCAUGUUUCCGUGUUGGUUGAGUUCAUGCCCAUGAUGGAAAACCAGACGGACACCAAGGGUUCCCGGAUAGAAAAGCUGCAGCAGUCCGUGGAACAGCUGCUGCAGAAUGCUCGCGUGGCCCACUUGGGACUGUUGCGGUUUUUGGGGUACACCAUUGACUGGCCCAACGCUCGCUAUGCGUUUCUCUAUCAGAUGCCUGUCGACUAUUUCCCAUUUCUUCAAAAUCCAAGCGAUUUGCUGAAGGAGCUGAAACCCAAGCCCCUCGUGGCGCUUCUGCCGUCUGCAGAGGAUUAUCGAGAGAAGCGAGUACCUAACCUGGAGACUCGAUUCCGUCUGGCGUAUGAUCUCUUGAUGUCAGCUCUGCAUAUGAGAAGCCAGAACGCCGUGCAUGGAAACAUCAACAGCAGCAAUGUGAUCUUCUUCCCUGGCCGCAUUGAUGCCAACAACGACGAGAGUGGUCUCGCCCCUGAUCUUCGUCGACCAUACCUCACCACUCCGGCGCGCUUCUCUGGUGAUGGACCGACCCCCGAGCCUCUGGCUUCGGCUAUGUAUCGCCAUCCCGAGGACAAGAGGUCGCUGGAAGAUGAUGGCGCUUGGGCCUAUGAUCUCUAUUCCCUCGGCUUGGUUCUGUUGGAAAUUGGACUGUGGGCGCCCAUUGGCCGCCUUUGGAAGAUGAAGUACGAUCGCUCUUGGUUCAAACACCGUGUUGAGGACCUCUAUGUCAAGAAGCUUGGCCCCAAGUGCGGCAGCGCCUAUCUCCAGGCUGUUCAGCUGUGUCUUGAUGCGCCCAACUUUCAUCUUUCCACCCAAGGCAUGAGCGAUCUCCAACUCCGAAUCCCUCAAAUAUAUCACUACCCAGUUCUCGACUUGUCCGAGCCCGACGGGACAUUUGCCUUCUCGAUGAAUUUCCUCUAUACUAUCUGCAAGAUCAUGUGGUCAUGCUCCCAGAUUGAUAUCUUCUCGGCGCCUCGCCCCGAGGAAUUGAAUGACUAUCUCCCGCUUGCGCUCGUUCCGACUCCCGAGCCUGCUGUGCUCGAGAAAACGAGCCUGUACCAACCUUCAGCGCAUUUGGACAAGCAGCUUCCCACUAUCCCCGCAGAUGAUUGGAGUAGCCCGGUUGCGGUCGAGAAGACUCCGGCCGACGCGCUCAAGAAGAAGCGAACCGUCAAGCGACUCCCAGACCUCGACAUCCCCGACGACCAUCUCCAGGAAUGGAACUUCCAAAUGAUGCCCCGAUUGAGCCGGCUUCUACAGAAGAUCUUGAAGGAGUCUAGUGAAUCGUGUGGCGCGACCCUUAUGAUGACUGGCGAGUCCCCCGAGACUGCCCGAACAACGGUUUGCGUAACUUGCGCCAGUGUGAAGAAAGUCCGGUCUGCGUUGAAGAAACAUUUCCCUCUGGGACGGGAUGAUUGGGACUUGAUCGUUCUCCGGGGUGACAUUGAACGAUCCAAAGUCCCCAAGAAGCGCCGGAGGCCGGCCAAGUCCCGCCCCAAUGGGUCGAACGAAACCCCCUUUCGUCAACGAGAACUCAAUCCAUGCUACCAGCAACGGGCUCUCUGUGGUGCAUCGAUCGGCGCCUUUCAGAAUGAGGAACACCUGCCCCCGGUCUCUUACGGCGGUGCUGUCCUUGUAGAUGGCCUACCGUACGGCCUGACGGUCCAUCAUAUGCUCGAGGCCCCCAGUGACGAUGAGAGCGAUAAUUGCGCCGACGAUCCAUCUCGAUCAGCUGGUAACUGGCCCCGCGAUCCCUCUGAUAUUUCACAUCCGGAUUUUAUACACACUUAUGUUGAAGACGACCCACCGGAAACGAAGCUGGACCUUGAAAUCUCGGACUAUGAAGACGAUGACGACGCGUCUUUGUCGCAAAGUCUUGAUGCCAGCUAUGACGAGUUCUGGCUUUCGGACGAGGAUUCAUCAGAUGAAGAGUCGGUCGAAGGUGAGGACAACGACGAUGAUGACACAGCGUCGAUUGGCGACACGGCCGGCAUUGAACCCGGCGAAGAACCUCGACUUCUUGUCACACAACCCGCCAUUGACGACGUGCACGAAGACUUCUUCCCAUCGAUCGAAGACCGGGACGAUGAGCAUCUCGCAUCCCAUUCGUUGGGCUAUGUACACGCUUCCUCUGGCGUUCGACGCUGGACGCGGAAAGGCCUCAAGCAUGAGAUCGACUGGGCUCUUAUCAAAGUCGACGAUGCACGCAUGGACCCCCGCAACAUCAUCCUCGACAACCGUUUAGGCUUGAUGACGCAUUCUCAGCCGAUAUUUCUCAACCAAGUAGCCCGCAUGGAGGAUCUAGGCGGCCUGUACGUUCACUGCUGCGGACGGACCAGUGGGCUACAGACGGGCAAGAUAUCAAAGGCGAUGACCCUGGUCAAAUUGCAUGGCCGACACUCCUUCUCGACGAGCUUUUGCGUCAAUGGCAACUUUGGAGCCCCCGGCGACUCCGGCGCAUGGGUCUUCGACAGGUCCACCGGCCGAGUCUGCGGCCACGUCCUCGCUUGGUCCGAAAAGAGCAACACCACCUACAUCACGCCGAUGGAGGUGACUUUCGACGACAUCGUACGCACGCUAAAUGCCUCGGCUAUCUCUCUCCCCGGCGCUCCCAUCCGCUCUACCGCGAUCGCCGGCUCCCAGCCGCCAUUGUCGGCAGCUCAGCACCAGCAGCACGCCCGCUACCAAGCCCAGCAUCUACCCGAUGAGUUUGGUCGACUGGCUCUGUCUCAUCACCCGGCCCAAGGCCAUCCCAUGCCUCCUCCGCCACACCACCACCCGGGCUUAAGUUAUGCUGGCCCUCCACCUCCCCCAGCACCAGCUCCACCGAGUCCGCACGGCCCCGUGUAUCGUCGUCCCGUGCCUAUGCCGCCGUUGCUUACUGGGCCGAGGAAUAUUGAACGACAGCUUGCUUAG